CCCAGAUCCAGACACCACAUCACCCAACCACCGCAUCGUCCAACCACCGCAUCGUCGGCCAGAUACCAUCCAGAGAUACCAUGGCACAUCCCGAUCUGCCAUCGCCGCUCAACUCGACUGACAAAAUCACCAUCGCGCUCUUGGGCGAUGCCGGCGUUGGAAAAUCGUCGCUGGCCCACAUGAUAUGCAAUCAGCAGCCUCUAUCGGCACCUUCGAGGACAGUUGGAUGCAGUCUGCAUGUCAAGAUCCACGAACACAGUCGGCGGAAAAAGACGUUCUUUGUUGAGCUGAUCGACAUUGGCGGCAGCGCAACCAGGCAUCGGUCAUCGAGGCAUGUGUUUUAUCGGAACGGGAUCGAUGCGGUCAUGCUGGUUCACGACUGCACCAACUCCAAGUCAUUCAACAACCUGGCCAAGUGGCGAGCCGAUGUCUUCGAGAGCCUGCGGAGCCUUGAAUCCAAGAAGCAACGAUCGUUGAGCUCGUCAGGCUUCGAGCUGGACGUCUGUGUAAGCACGGAAACCUCAUCCCUUUCCUCAUCGACCGGCGACAUCCCUGUCCUGACCGUCGGCACCAAGAUCGACCUGACAGAGGGCACUGCGAGCCGAUACCGACAGAUGCCGCACGACGGCGAUCUGUCUGUAUUCGUUUCGACCCUGUCCUACGAAUCCUAUUCCACUGUCGAGCCGUUCUUUUCAUCGUUCUUCGAGAGUAUCAUCGACAGCAAGCUCCACCCGCUCCACGAACGAAGCCAUCCUUUGCCGCACACCCAGUACCAACCACGAGACGCCGUCUACAGCAACGACUCCCAGCGACGGCGGCACAUUGUUCCUGGCGAGAAGGCCGGAUACUUUUAGAAAUGCACACAGAACGAAAGGGGCUGUCGCACUUCUGGGUUCUGAAUACACACCCAUCCACUAUGGCCAAAGGAUAUGUCCAAAGAGAUCGACAUUGUGGUUGCCUUUGGGGCGG